ACUAUUUUGACUUUUUGUACUGCUGCAAGGCACACGCGCCCCCCAGUUGAACCCUCCCCCGACUCUUAUAAAGGGCGGCUCGCGUCUCCUACACGCCGCCCCCGUUUUCGCUUCCUCUUCUUUUCUUGCUCCGCUUUGUUCUCUUCUUCGUGUGUUGUUGCUCUCUGAUUGAUACCUCCCGUCCCUUUCUCUAUCCAGAUCUCUUCAAUCGGUUUAUUUCCACUCCCUACAACAACCAUCACAAUGCAGUCCUGGAUCCUCAAGUUCGGCGCUCUCGCCGCCCUGGCGCAGACCAUCUCCGCUGCUCAGAUUCACAUCGAGACCACCCACCCUUCUGCCAACAAGUACAAGUCUCACUGCACCGUCAUCGUCGAGGACAAUAUCUUCGGCGACUGCAAGGGUUCCUCCAGCCCCUUCCCAGGUGGCUGCGGUGACAACAAAAACACCGACCCGGCCACCAUCUGUGGCGACAAAACCGUCGAAGUCGACUGGCAUACCGCCGAGCUCACCAUCAAGGACACAGAUGGCAACGAGGAGAAGUGUGUUCUGAGCACCACCUCGCAGUGGGGUGAGUGCAACACCGACGACCCCAAUAAGUACCCCACCGAGAACGGGGCGAGCGGCCUGUUCGAUGCUGGCAAGAGUGUGCUCUACGGGUUAACGCCGAUCGCUGCUGGUUUGCUUCUGUGAAUUUGAAAACGAAGAAAAAACACGAUCGAGCGCUGGGAACAAUUCGAGAGAAAGGGAAAUGUGGGAGGUGCUUUCUGAGG